ACACGCUUGGAGGACCGGGUAGAUCCAAGCUGCUCUGUGGCUCCUAACCGAAGCACACAGCCAUCACACAGCUGCUUGGUGGCUGGCAGUCCAUUCCGUGCUAGCUCAUGGCAGUAAAGCAACCGUCUGUGCUACAGCAGUAAUAGCCUGAAGCCGAGUAGCCUGGCAGCAGCCCCGCGGCUGUUGUGUAUGUACAUUGCUGGUCUUGCCAAUCCCCCCCUCCCCCUGAUUGAACUAGCGGAUUACGAGGAUACCACUAGACCACCGGGGCGACCGGUGUAACAUUACACAGACAGACGCGAACGCCUUAAGGCUANCCUCCGCAGAUCGCGGCGAAAAACCAACCGCCGUGCCCGGCCCCCGGAGGCAGUUCCUAGCCACACACAACACACCUCACCCACGCACCACACGACGGUCAUCAUGCUGGGGAAUGGCAAACAUUACAAAGACGCGAAAGCCUUAAGGCUAGAUGUGGCGGCCAUGUUCUCGGCAGCUGGCCGUAGCUUUCAUUCCGGGAAGGGAGGCGGCAGGCAGAAGAAGUACAUCUGCAAUGGCGCCGCAGGAGGAUGCCAGGCGACCGUGCGCGCCUACAGGCAGAGGUCGGAAGAGUGCAAGGUGACGUCACACGUGGCCAAUCGGCUCAUCGAAAAUGAAAAUGUUAUAUACGACACCGGUGUCGUAUAUAACACUACCGUUGUAAAAACCUGA